GGCGAUAUUGCGACGUUUCAAACGCAGGCUCCCCCGAUGCCGGCGCCCGCAGUCACUUAUCAAUAUAGAGAACCUAGAGGUUCAGUUUAUGUUUUUAUCAAUCUUAUUACCUCUUUUUUAAAUGCCCUUAUAAUUUCAAUGUGACACGACCCAUAGUUAGGCUUUUUCUAUUUUACAUCAUGUCUUCAAGUGAAUCAUCUUCUCCAUCACUUCUUCAUUCAUUCAUUGCGGGCGGUGCAGCUGGUCUGACUGUGGAUGUGUCACUGUUCCCGCUGGACACACUGAAGACCCGGCUGCAGUCAGCAGAGGGUCUGAUGCGCUCUGGCGGUCUCCGUGGCCUCUACUCAGGAGUGGGCGCUGCCGCCACCGGAUCCAUACCGACCGCGGCGCUGUUCUUCAUCACCUAUGACGGGCUGGCGCGGCGUGCCUCGGAACGGUUGUCACCGGGCUGGCUGCCGGCAGCACAGGGAGCCGCCGCCGCUGCCGGCGAAACGGUAGCCGCCGUUGUGCGCGUGCCCGUUGAGGUGGUGAAGCAGCGGCGCCAGGCGCGUCCCGACGUCUCUGCUCGCCACAUCAUCACCACCACGCUGGCCGAGGAAGGCUUCGCAGGAAUGUACCGCGGCUUCCUCACCACCGUGCUGCGGGAGGUGCCCUUCGCGAUAUUGCAGCUGCCGCUCUGGGAGGCGCUGAAGGCGGCUUGGGGAAGGCAGCGCGGCCGGCCCGUGGAGCCCUGGCAGUCGGGACUCUGCGGCGGCGUGGCAGGCGGCGUGUCGGCGGCCAUCACCACCCCACUGGACGUGGCCAAGACGCGCAUCAUGCUGGCCGACCGGCACAGCCAGCUGGCGUCCGGGGGCCUGGUGGCCGCGCUGCGCAUCAUCCGACAGGAGAACGGCCUCGCCGGGCUGUUCGCUGGUGUAGUGCCCCGCGUCUUGUGGAUCUCUACAGGUGGAUCAGUGUUCUUCGGCUCGUACUCGCUUGUGAUGCGCCUAAUCAGCUGACCACCCGCAGCCUCGUUUUAGGCUAGUCUUGUCGGCCCCUCCACCGGUCGUUAAACCAGUGCAAUGCAGCUGAGUCAUUUGUGGACUUGUGUAGCUGCUCAGUGAUCCAGCAGAUUUGCUGGGUUUAGCAUUUUGUGAUCAUAGACUUAUCUGCGUGUUUUUGUCGCAGCGAUAUUGUGUUCAUUUGCCUGUCAUCACAAUGGUCAGCAGUGCGAUACGCUUACGAUGUUCUACAGUGUUGUGUCAGUCACGUGCAAGGCAGCGACCAUAAGCAAAUCAAAUACGAACUUCUU